UAACGGCAGCUCACCUUCCAACGUUACAAAUGCUGCCGGUCACUGGGGAGAUUAUCGAAACUGUGACACGCCAUGGCACGUUCUGAUUGGGACGAUCAAUCAAAUUGUCACAGAGCAUGUACUUACGUACGAACAAGUCACCCGAUCUAAAUUGCUGAUUAUAGAGAAAUAUCGACUUCAUCUACUUCACGGGAGAUAUAGUUGACCAUAAGGUUUGGGACACGAGCGUGGAUCGCAACACAAGAGUAAUAGUCGACGUUAUGAAUUUACUAAGUGGAGCGUUCAGAUCGAUUCCUAUAUAUCCAACCUUAGGCAACCACGAGACGCACCCAGUGAACGCGUUUUCCCCUUCUACAAUUACAGGAAGGUUAUCCACCCAAUGGGUGUUCGAUUUAAUGCGCACCGAAUGGAGAAAGUGGCUCCCCAGUGCCACCCAAGGAACGAUUUCAGAAGGAGGUUACUACACCGUUCUGGUGCAACCUGGUUUUAGAAUUAUUGCCCUUAAUAGUAACGUGUGUUUCUCCUAUAACUGGUGGUUGUUGUACGAUGAUGUAGAUCCCUACGAUCAGCUGAGGUGGUUGGUCCUGGUGUUGUUCAAGGCUGAACGUAAUAACGAGAUUGUGCAUAUUCUAUCACACGUACCCACAGCCGAUGGCACCUGUUUACAAAAUUGGUCAAGAGAAUUUUUCAAAAUAAUCCUUCGGUUUUCGCAUAUCAUUGCUGCGCAAUUCAACGGACACACACAUGCUAAGGAAAAUAUAAUUUAUUACGAAGGGAACGAUUUGAGCAACCCAAUAAAUGUGGCCUUCAACGGUGGCAGUCUCACGCCCUAUUCUGACUUUAAUCCAAAUUACGUCGUAUACGACGUUAAUAGACUGAAUUUUGAAGUGAUGGAUUACGAGAUGUGGAUUUAUGACAUUUCCGAAUCAAACUUACAUCCGAAUCGGCCUAUGCGCUGGUUUAAACUGUAUUCGUUCACGGAUGCAUACAAAGUUGACCGCAUUACUCCGCACCGUAUGAACGAGCUGGUUCAGAACAUGACCAGGGACUGUAACCUGUCUAAUCAGUAUUUUAGACUGAAAUUCAGAGAUGCGGAGGUCUCCACUAGUAAAGGAUGUAACAGAGAUUGCGUAACGGAAAAUGUCUGUUACAUGGUGACGCCGUAUUAUAAACACGUGGAUCAGUGCAAUUUGCUUAAGGAAAGUCUAGACAUAAAUUAUAAUUGUAAUUUUCAGUAAAAUAAGGGGGUAGGUCCGAUGAUGUUUCGAAAUUACAAGCAAAACCGUAUCUCUUUGUAUUUUGCUAGAACAGAACAGCCCGUUCUACUCCAAUGGCGUAAUAUUCAUAAUGAUAUAAUAGGACUUUAUUGGACACAAAAUAUCAAUAUAACGAGAAGAAACAAAGAAGAAAACAAAAAAAAAUAUGAUAGUGUCCAACUGGCGAAGUUCAGGUGUGGAAAAAUCCUUACCUGCUCUUCCACUUAACCAAUUAACGUUAUUUACACAAUCUUAUUUAUAAGGCAAGUCUGAGUAUACAAUGAGCAUGGAAAGAAAUGAUGUACGAAAGAUAUAAACAAACAAUAACUUCAAACUAAAGUUAACAAUCACAGAUUAUUACUUAAAAGCAAUUUACGGACCUGAUUUUUAAACUUUUUAAUCUCACAACACUUA